CCAUCUUACAGCUACUGUCACGGACCUCGGUAUCAAGAGGAAAUUAUGAGUCCUUAUUUAUAAAAAACUCCUUUAGUCUACUAAGUGAAAAUUAAACUGCCUAGGCAGCCUGAUUAGCAGAGCCUCCAGCCUAAGGACUGAAACUAGCAAAGCUGCUUAAACCAGCAGACUACUGGGGGAGGGAGGGGAAAGGAGUAGAUGACGUCACUCAGCAGGACGCCAAGCUGAACUAGAAACGGAGAUGAAGGCUUCUGGCGCAACGGACAGGUUCACACUCUCUGCACUACCUCUUCAUGGGUGCCUCAGAGCAGGACCUUGGUCUUUCAUUGUUUGAAGCAUUGGGCUACGUGGAUGACCAGCUGUUCGUGUUCUAUGAUCAUGAGAGUCGCCGUGUGGAGCCCCGAACUCCAUGGGUUUCCAGUAGAACUUCAAGCCAGAUGUGGCUACAGCUGAGUCAAAGUCUGAAAGGGUGGGAUCACAUGUUCACUGUUGACUUCUGGACUAUUAUGGACAAUCACAACCACAGCAAGGAGUCCCACACCCUGCAGGUGAUCCUGGGCUGUGAAAUGAAAGAGGACAACAGCACCGAGGGCUUCUGGAAGUAUGGGUAUGACGGGCAGGACCACCUUGAAUUCUGCUCUGACACACUGGAUUGGAGAGCAGCAGAGCCCAGGGCCUGGCCCACCAAGCUGGAGUGGGAAGCGCACAAGAUUCGGGCCCGGCAGAACAGGGCCUACCUCGAGAGGGACUGCCCUGCACAGUUGCAGCAGUUGCUAGAACUGGGGAGAGGUGUUCUGGACCAGCAAGUGCCUCCUUUGGUGAAGGUGACACAUCACGUGACCUCUUCAGUGACCACUCUACGAUGUCGGGCCCUGAACUUCUACCCCCGGAACAUCACCAUGAAGUGGCUAAAGGAUAGGCAGCCACUGAAUGCUGAGGAGGUUGAACCUAAAGACGUAUUGCCCAAUGGGGAUGGGACCUACCAGGGCUGGAUAGCCUUGGCUGUACCCGCUGGGGAAGAGCAGAGAUAUACAUGCCAGGUGGAGCACCCAGGCCUGGAUCAGCCCCUCCUUGCCAUCUGGGAGCCCUCAUACUCUGGCACCCUCGUCAUGGGAGUCAUCAGUGGAAUUGCUGUUUGUGUCAUCAUCUUGUUGAUUGGAAUUUUGUUCAUAAUCUUAAGGAAGAGGCAGGCUUCAAGAGGAGCCAUGGGGCAAUACGUCUUAGCCGAAUGUGAGUGACAUGCAGCCUGUAGACUCACUGUGGGAAGGAGACAGAAUUAGAGACUCAAAAAGGAAGUGCACUUAUGGAGCUCUUCGUGUUUCAGGACAGAGCUGAACCUAAAAAUAGAAACUGCCUGA